AUGUCUACAGCAUUUUUGGUAGAUAAUAUUUUAAAUGAUAAAAAUGAUAAUGCAGACUUAAUAUUAUCAGAUUGUGAAGAAUCAAGGGAUACAACUAGCUCAUUAGACUCAAAAUAUUCAGUUUCCACAUAUUCCCCAACUAACGUUAAAAAUAAUAAUAACAAUACAACAUUACAUGAUGAUAACAAUAACUUAUCUGCGAGCUCAUCACCAGAUGUUGAGGAAAUUUUAAACUAUUCUGAUCAAGAUAUGAAUGAUAAUUUCGUUGUUGUUGAUAGUGACGAUAAUAUGACAAUGAUUUGUGAUUUAAACACAAAAGAAACAACAUUAUUAAAGGAUACUCAAAUAUCAAAACCGAUUUUAAAAUUUAGCGUAUCGGCAAUAUUAGGUGAUACAAAAGAUGGCGUUAAAAUGAGAAAUGAAAUUAUUCAACCACAACAUAUUUGGCCUUAUAUACAUCAAAGUUUCAUGCAUCACACACAAUUUUCUCAUCCUGCCUUUUUAAGUUCAAAUAACAAUAAUUGUCAACAAUUAACUGCACCAUCAAGCUGUAAUUUGAUUAAUAAUAGUAUUGACGCUGGAAACACACACGUAGCAGAAAGUGGAAAUAGUUUAAGUGAUGACAAUCAACAAAAGCGGAAGCAAAUCAUUGCAAAACCAUUGCCUAGUAGGCCGUCACCAUUUAUAGUUCAUGGUUUAAGUCAUACUAAUUUAAAUUCACUUCUCGCACAUUGCAGGAACCCUUAUUUAAAUGUUGGUGGGCCACAAGUUUUCCCCUUAGCUCCAGGUCAAGGUUUUCCGUGGGCACAUUCGUCAAGAGGGAAACCUCGCAGAGGUAUGAUGAGAAGGGCCGUUUUUUCAGACUCUCAGCGAAAAGGUUUGGAAAGACGUUUUCAACAGCAAAAAUAUAUUAGUAAACCGGACAGAAAGAAAUUAGCUGAAAGAUUAGGACUUAAAGAUUCCCAGGUAGCUUCAUUUCAUUAUCGAAUUUUUUCCAACUUUAUGUUUACCAAAACACCUUAUGCCAACAAACUAAAUAUCUAUGUUUAUUCUUUAUUGGGUCGAUUGAAUUAUUGA